GGGUUGAACGUUGGUGUGAAAAGUCAACAAGAUGAUAUUCCAUUUAUGACUUUAUUAUGUGCUUGAGUAAACCAGGAACCCUAUCCAAGCCACGAUGAAACAAGCAUUUCUGAUCUUGAUUUCAUUGUUGUUCUUGUUGUUGAGUAGUAGCAAUCGGUUUGUGUUGCUAGCAGUAAAGCCAGAGUUCCAUCAUGAUCAGUGCAAAGCUUGGCUUGUCCAAUCCAUUCCCACGGACAUGCCUCAGCUCUCUCUCGUUCCCCGGCGUUCUCUCCACCGCCGACGUGUUUAGAUGGUUAGCUGGAAACUCUUCCGACAAAUUGGACAUAAUGGCACAGUACUGGCAACUAAUCGCACAACCUGAUGAUCCUCGUUCUGGAGAUUAUGGAUACUCAGCAGAAAGCAUGAAGAAUUUUGGUUCUGGUGAUGGCUCAAGUGUAUAUAAAUCCAUUGAAGACGCUGCUGAUCGUGAUGUCAAUGUUCGGCUUUUGCAGCAUUCAGGAGUAUAUCCUGAUUACACUCAAGAACCCUCAGCGCUUGCUUUAGGGAGGCCAAAUGUAAAGAAUGUAACCUUAUUGAUUAAGGAUUGGUUUGAAUCAGGUGUGCUCCAUGCUAAAGUUUGGAUAUCAGAUUCUCGAGAUGUUUAUAUUGGAUCUGCUAACAAUGACUGGAAAUCUCUCACUCAGGUGAAGGAAGUUGGAAUCUAUCUUGUUAACUGUCCAGAUAUAGCCAAAAAGGUUGAAAUCUUCUAUAAUAACUUAUGGAAACUCGGAUCUUUGAAUUCUUCUGAUUACACACGAAAGAUAUGGGAUCAACAAUGGCAGAUCAGUAGAACAGUACCUUGUUGGUCACAUUUCAUACCAUCUAAACAAAGAUGCAGAUCUCCUCUUCCUCCUUAUGUUGAAGUUCCACACACAUCUGGCUAUCCACUACUAACAGACCCUUCAACUUUCAAAACAUCAAUUCAAACCCCUGGAUGCAAUUAUUCAAAUUCAAAACCUCAAUCAAGCUAUCUCUCUUUUGCUCCACCAGAGCUCUCAUUUGGGAAGUACCAGGCAGAUGAACAGGCAUGGAUUGAAACAAUUAAGUCAGUAAAAGAUGGUGAAACUGUGCGAAUCAGUACCAUGGAUUGGCUUGGUCAAUCUGAAUACUCAAAACAAACAGUUUACUGGUCAUCAUUAUCCACAGCAAUAUCAGAGGUCAUCUUCUCAAAGCAUGCAAAAGUGAAGAUACUAGUAGCAUACUGGUCGCAUUUUAUAGCAAACACAGAUCAAUAUUUGAAGUCUCUUCUUUAUUCAAAUAAUUUAUGCUCUUCUUCACCAGACAACAAAUGUGCUGGGAAAAUCGAGAUAAAAUACUAUAUGGUCCCUGGUUAUAAUUCAACUGGGGCUGCUGUUAUUAAUGGGACAAGUACAGGAAAUAAGUAUCCUGGGUUUGGUAGGGUUAACCAUGUUGGGGUAAGUUUUGGGACGUAUAAUCCGGGAAUUGUGGGGCAGCUUCAGAAGAUAUUUGAUGCUGACUGGGAUUCUCCUUAUGCUGUACCUGUUCAACCGUUGCAGGAUGGGCAUGCUUUUUCAAGCUGA